AGAGUGGUAAGAGAAAAGAUUUAAUGUUCUAGAUGACACAGGUUUGAUUCUUGUUCUCCUCGUUAGUUUUUGCAGCACUUGACAAUGAUAGGAGACUAAGUGGGGAUCGCUAGUUUGAUUCUUGAACUGAGCGAGUUAGUAGCCCAUUUAAAGAUUUUGUUUCCGUUAAAUAAAGUAUUAUUAUUUGACAUGGAUUUCCAUACUUUAUGCCGGCUACAUCAAUUCUUUUUAAUUUCCUCAUCUUCAAAAAAGCAUCCAAUAAUGGCUUCUCUUUUUUCUUGAUUUUGAUGUGGGUUAUAUGCAACGAGAUUCAUGAAAUAAUCUUCGUAGUGAUAAGUAAAUGAUUACUUAAUUUCUAGGACAGGUGUUACAUUUGAAUUUUGCUUCUACUUAUUUUUAUCAUGGUAUUUUAAAAGCUAUUUAUUAGGAUAGGUUAUAAUUUGAUAUUGUUAGUUAACAUGGUAUUAACGAGAUUUCAUGAGGUUAACGACAACGUGUUCUUGAUCAUCGUUAAAAAAAUCAUAUUUCACGAAAUAUUAAUAAAUACUAAAAUAUUCUGUUUAGCAGAGUCAAAUAGAUUAUUGUAGGUAUCUUAGAAUAAAUCCGGCUUACACCUCUUCACGAAGCCUUAUGUUGGAAUUUGGGACCGACAACUGGACCAAAUCUCCAAUAAGUCUACAUAUAAUCGACAACGUUUGUGACAUGAUGCGGCUCAUCGAGAAUUUUCCGUCCACCGUUUAUAGGCCUCGUGACCCUGCUAGUAACCCGACUUAUAGUAUUUUUAUGUCUGGGGUAUUUGUCAAACUGUACAAUAAGACACUUUUACAUAAUAAAAUUUGACAAAAACUAACACAAAUAUGUGCCAUUUUCUUAUUUCAUCAUAUAUAUAGUUGUUGUAUGUGAAAACAUAAUUUCCUUACCAACCAAAGUAAAUAAAGCUUCUUUUAGAAAGCGACAAAAGGUCAGAAAACUAGGCCAUGAGCCUACAAAUAGUGAGGCCAGCAAGUAGACUCACCAGUUGCAAAAUCAUAUGGAGAGAACAAAGUCAAUCCCAGCUUCUGGGAAACUGAUAACGGUUCUUAGCAUCGAUGGUGGAGGAAUUAGAGGUCUCAUCCCAGCUACUAUUCUCGACUUUCUUGAAACUCAGCUUAAGGAACUAGCAAAUGAUGAGGGUGCAAGAAUAGCAGACUAUUUUGAUGUAAUUGCUGGGACAAGCACCGGUGGUCUCAUAACUGCCAUGUUAACGGCUCCAGAUGAAAACAAGCGACCUUUGUUUUCGGCUAAAGAAAUCAAAGACUUCUACCAUCGAAAGAGCCACAAGAUCUUUCAUCAAGAUUGGAUGGUAACAAAGAUAGUAAAGAACAUAUGUGGGCCAUUGUAUGAUGGGAAGUACCUCCGCAGAUGCAUAAAGAAGAAGCUAAAAGACACCAGAUUAGAACAUACUUUAACUAAUGUUGUCAUUCCUACCUUCGACAUCAAGAAUCUCCAGCCAACAAUCUUUUCCAGCUUUGAGGUAAAGGAAAAACCAUAUAUGAAUGCCCUACUAUCAGAUAUAUGCAUCGCAACAUCAGCAGCGCCAACUUAUCUUCCACCGCAUUACUUCAAAACCGCCGACGGGGAAAAGCAGCGUAAAUUUCACCUCAUCGAUGGUGGCGUGGCAGCAAAUAAUCCGACUCUGGUCGCAAUGGCAGAAAUUGCCAAACAACUUAUUCACAAAAAUCCUACCUUUGCCGAACCACAAUCCCUCGACUAUCAUAGAUAUUUGGUCAUAUCUAUAGGAACCGGUGAAUGCAAACGUAAAACAAAAUAUUCAGCAAACAAGGCUUCAAAGUGGGGCGUAUUUGGAUGGUGGUUCAAUGCCUGUGGCUCUACUCCCUUAGUUGAUAUUUUCACUCAAGCUAGUACCGACAUGGUUGAUUUCCAUCUUUCUGUUGUCUUCAAAGGCCUUGAUAUCCAAUCGAAUUACCUACGCAUCCAGGAGAAUGCCUUAGAAAGAACAUUGUCUUCACUGGACAUAUCUACGAAGGAAAAUCUGGAUUACUUGAGUGAUGUUGGUAAACAGUUACUAGAAAAGCAAGUUUCAACAGUCAACUUGGAAACUGGCGAUUUUGUCCCCUACAAGGAUGAAACUAAUGGACAAAUGCUCAUAGAAUUUGCCAAGAAACUUAUUAACGAGAAGUGCCUUCGUGAUGGGUUACAGCCACCCUUCUCCAUGGAGACAACUUGAAAAAUUAGGCAUUACAUAAAGGAUUUACAGUUUUAAGCAAUGUUUAUCAUCUAGUGAUAAACUGGUUAUAUGUUGCCACUAUCUUACAGUGGUUAUAUGUUGCCACAACUUGAAAAAAAUAGGCUAAGAUUGCUAAAUGAGACUUGACUACUCUGUGCUUUCCUAGAAAUUGUAUUGCAUAUUGGUUAUAUGUUACCACUAUCUUAAAGAACUGUAAGAUAUCUUAUCCCAAAAGUUGUUAAAUUGUAGUUUA